AUGCCGACGCAACAGUCAGAAUCUGCUCCCAGUUCGAUCGCCAAACCUCGCAUUCUGAUUAUCGGCUUUGGUGCACUCGGUAUCCUGUACGGUUGGACCUUGGCGCAAGGUGGAGCUGAGGUUGUGGCGUAUGCUAGGUCCAACGCAGAGCUGAUUCGCAAGGAUGGCGUUGAUCUCAAGAGCCUCAAGUACGGCGAGCAUCUCGGCUGGAAGCCAGCUGCUGUCGCUUCCAGCGAGUCGGAAGCGCAGCAGCACGGACCUUACGACUGUGAGCAGGCUAUCUUGGCCACAUUGAAUUGUUGAAACGGUUCAACACUCACCUGUCGUUGAAACGGCUCAAAGCUCACCUGCGCCGGCUCUUUGCACUUUCCCAGACGUAUUGUGCACCUUCAAGUGAGUCGACGACACUCCUGACCCAAGCGGCGAGAGAUGCUAAGGUUGAUCAAAUGCUCUUUGAACGUAGGGUGGUGCCGGAACUUCAGUCCAUCUCAUCCCUCGUUGCCCCUUUGAUAAGCCCUUCUCCCAGCCGCAAGCCCCUGCUCGUCCUCGUCCAGAACGGUAUAGCGAUAGAGCAUGAACCCUACGAAAAGCUCUGCUUGGGGCACGAUGCGCCAUUGAGCGGCUUGAUUUCUUGCUGCGCUUGGCUCGGCGCCACUUUGCGAGAAGGAAGAGUCUGCGAGCACGGAGGAUUGGAGACGCUCAACAUUGGCCUGUACCCUACGCCCGAGGCGAAGGAAUUGCAGCAAGGAAGCGAGCGGGUCAAGGCAUGGGAAGGCUUCAUUGAGGUCUACAGCGCCGGCGGUGGGGGUGCCAUCAGAAGCGAAGACGUCCAGAUUGCGCGCUGGAGGAAAAGUGAGUUGGCCAUUUGGCGGGGUAUGUAGCUGCAUGGCCUCACGACUCUUACCUUUUCAUGUCGGCGUGCUUGUCAGUCUUUUGGAACGCAUGUGAGCAGCCCGUAAGAGAAUCGUAUGCCGAAGCGAGCACUGACCCUUUUCUGCAAUUGCGCAAUCAGGCUGGGGAGGGUUAUGUUUCACAUCGAGACAGACAGUCAUGUCUUUACUGUCAGACGACUCGCUCGAAUACACCGUACCCGUCGUAAAAAAUCUAAUGUCUGAGUACGUGCAGUGUAGACUGGGUCAACAGUCCUCGUCAUUCAAUCUCACUCAAAAGGCUUCGAACCAUACUUAUCCGUCAACAGGUGUAUGCAGGUCGCGCGCGCAACUGGACUUGGACCUGAAAGCCUGCCCGACUCGGCCAUGGAUGAUGCCUUCAACAUCACUUACCCUGAAAGACCGUCGAACCCAGACAGACAAGGCCGCCUUGCUCCCGGAUUCAAGCCAAGCCUACUCGUAAGUAGAGCGUGGACGAACAGCUGCCACAUACGUCGCUGCUCGCCGUCACGCGCCUCCAGUAGGACUCCGAGUCUGACGGCCACGUCUCCAAUUUGCCCCUGCCGCCAGAUUGACCUCGAAGCGGGUCGCCCGAUGGAACUCGUGCCUGGGGUUGGGAACGUUUGCACCCUUGCUCGCAAGCAUGGAGUAUCUACGCCAGCUUUGGACCUCGUGCUCGCCAGUCUGAGACCUGCGCAGGUCGCCGCUGUGAAAUCCGCCAGACAAGAAAGAGGCCUCGACGCAAAGACGAUCGAAGGUAGCGGAGGUCCACCAGCGGGACCUCUUUGA